GAUAUGAAAGGAUAGGAGUGAAUUGCCUUUCUGACUGAUAGAAUAGGUCAUGCAUGCAUGGGUCAAUCAGUUGCUUCCAAAUAUUUCUACCUUUAUUUAUCAUUUGCUUUCCUUUCCAUUUCCUAUUACUAGUCAUUUCAAGCAACCCUACUUUUUUCCAUAUAUAUAUACACUCUAAAACUGGACUAUUGAUCUAUAGGAGUAUUUUGUUUUUGGUGUAGUUUUAGGUUUUUACUACAUAAUUGGAAAUGGAGACAAAAAGUAAUAUGUUUAAAGAUGGAGAAGAGGAAGAAAAGGACUGUAGUUCUAGAUCAGGUGACUCUGUAGAAGAAGAUAAUGAUGAAGAAGAAAUUAAGAGGAAAAUAUCUUGCCACUCUUUGUAUGAUCUUUUGGUUGAGACUCACUUGGACUGUUUGAAGCAGGUUUGUUUGGGGAUCACUGAGAUUGAAAAAAUUGAGAAAGUUGAAGAAAAGUCGUCAAAAUAUAAGAAAGUUAUCUCACGCACAAUGGAUCAUCAAGCAGAAUUGAACAAUAAGUUCAGCUCACUCACAAUGGAUCAUCCAGCUGAGCUGGACAACUUCAUGGAAGCAUAUUGUGUGGCUCUAAGCAAGCUAAAAGAAGCAAUGGAGGAACCCCAUUUAGAGUCCAUAAGGUUCAUCAAUCAUAUGUAUUCUCAGCUCAGUGAACUCAUGGAGCUUCCUUCUUCUGCUUCCAUCCCAGCUAAUUUUGCUGGGAUGAAGGCGCAUGGAAACAAAUGAAAUGGUGGCAGCAUGAGGAAGCUAGCUGAUAGAGCCAAAAUCUAUAAGCUCACAAUUUAGCAUCUUCUAGUUAUAGUUACUAAUAAUUAAGUUACUGUAUCUAUCUUUAAUUAGUGAUCGAUCGAUAUAUAUAUGGUGGAAUUUUCUUUGUUGUAGGCUGCCACAAGUCAUAACUAAGGGGUUGAAAUGUUCUAAUAUGAUUAAGAAAUUAAUGUAACAUUAAUUCCUCAUAUUCUAUGUUACGUCCACCAUUAGUACUAGCUAUAUCAGGUCCAUCAUGUUAUAAUGUAAUACAUUUAAUUUCUGCAAGUGUUAUCUUCCAC